CUCAUUGCUUUCCUCGUACGAUUGUGGGUCUUCUCUAAUUUUUUUUGUUCUUACUUGAAGAUUACCCAUCGCUUACUUCAGUAAGUUGUUCUAUAAUUUAUUAGUACUUUUGUUCUUGGCAUUUUUUUCUACUGCCCUCUGUUCUCUGGAGUGAUUGAGUUGGAGAUUGCAGGAUUCAAUCUCCAGUUAUCUCACUAGCAGGGGAAGAAAGAUGGGGUUGCGAGUGAUUCUUCUGCUGGUGAAACUCUGCAUCGUUUUCAUACCUUUGCGUGCUCAUGGAUCUGCAGUGUAUAAUAUUUUUCCAUUGCUGGCAAAUCUUUCUGCACUUCCUCCAACUGAAGAAGGAGAACGUGGUCUUGGCUAUCAUGGAAAGCCAAUGAGGACUGGCACACCAAGUCCAUCCCCGCGGCAUUAUGGCUCAGUUUUACAUCCUCCAAUGGUAUCAGCACUCCAUGAUUCUGGACCUGUGUCUCCAUAUGCUGAAGGUUUAGUGCCAUCCAUGCCACCAAGUCCUCCUACAGUAUUGCCACCACAUGAGUUGGCACCAACUCCACUGCCUGAACCCGUUCGAGUGCCUACACCAUCAAUUCUACGAAGAUCACCUCAUAGAAGGCAUCCAGAUGUGCCAGUUGCAUCACCACCAGGGAAAUUGCCAUGGAAGUCACCAUCCUUCAAGCCAACUUUCCCAGGAACAACUCCAUCUUCACUGCCAGACCAUGCUGCUCCAAAAGCAACCCCUUUCCCUAGCAGGAAAGGAUAUGGAGUCCCACUUGCUGCUCCUCCAAAGGAAUCAUUCAACCAUUUAUCGCCACAGAAUAGGUCCCCAAUUAAAGGUUCUUUCCCUGUUGUAGCCCCUGCACCAUACAAAGCUGUCAGGCCAUCUGCCAAAGCACCUGUCCCUUCCAAGUCAUCUCUUCAGCCCCGUGCCAGGAAAAGGUUUCAGAGUCCUGCAUCGUCUCCUUCAAUAUCGAUACAUCGGCAUCAUCAUGCAGAAAAAAGAGCUAACACAGCUAUUCCUGCACCAUCAUAUCUACCUCCUCCUCCUACUUCCUACUGGCUAGGUCCAAUUAUUCUUCAAGCUCCUUCAAAUGUUCCUGUAGUUCCCCCAAAGAAGAGUAGACUAAGGCAUCAUAGUCCACUGUCCUUCGCUCCAGGUCCAUCUGGCCCAGUAGUCAAUUCUCCAUUUCCUCCAACAGAGGAAUCAGGCUCUCCUGGACCUGUGCAAUCACCUACAGGACCAUCUGGUCAAACUGCAAGUCCUUCUGCCUCAGCAGUCAAAUCUCCAUUUCCUUCAAUAGAGAAAUCUGGCUCUCCUGAACCUAUGCAAUCACCAACAGUACCAUCUGGUCAAACUGAAAGACCUCUUCUUCCCCCUAAAGUUUCUCCUCGACGGCCUUCUCCAAGAAAUCCUUUGAUGCCAAUUCCUUCUCCAGUUAGGGCACUACCACCUCCACCUCCUAACCAAGAUUGUACAUCACUGACAUGCACAGAGCCAUUAACAAAUACCCCUCCAGGAUCCCCAUGUGGCUGUGUUUGGCCAAUACAAGUUGGAGUUCGCCUUAGUGUUGCCUUGUACACCUUCUUUCCUUUGGUUUCGGAGUUAGCUGAAGAAAUAGCAGCUGGGGUUUUCAUGAAACAAAGUCAAGUACGCAUAAUGGGAGCAAAUGCAGCCAACCAGCAGCCAGAGAAGACCAUUGUCCUCAUUGAUCUGGUACCACUUGGGGAAAAGUUUGAUAAUACAACAGCAAUUUUGACCUUCGAGAAAUUUUGGCAUAAGCAGGUUACCAUAAAGACUUCCUUCUUUGGCGACUAUGAAGUACUAUAUGUACGCUAUCCAGGCCUUCCUCCCUCUCCACCUUUGGCAUCCUCAAGCAUUGGCACAGCGGAUGCUGGGCCAUACUCUGGCCGUGACAAUAAUGGAAGGGCAAUAAAGCCUUUGGGAGUUGAUGUUAGGAGGAGACGAAAAGGAGGACUUGGUGGCAGUAUGAUUGCAAUCAUAGUCCUUUCAUCUUCCAUAGUCAUGGUUUUAUGUAUUGGAGCUGCUUGGCUGCUGUUGUUUAAAUGUCGUGACCACACUAGUCAACCGGCACUGAUUCCUUCAACUUUAGUGCCUUCCCUUGCAAAACCAUCGGGGGCUCCUGGAUAUAUGUUGUUUGGAAGCGGACCUAGUUCAGCAUCACUUUCCUUUGGAUCUAGCAUUGCAACAUAUACAGGAUCUGCCAAGACCUUUAGUGCAGCUGAAAUAGAAAGAGCCGCUAAUAACUUUGAUCCUUCAAGAAUACUUGGAGAAGGGGGCUUUGGGCGUGUCUACAAAGGUAUCCUUGAUGAUGGGAUCAAUGUGGCUGUAAAAGUUCUCAAAAGAGAUGACCAGCAGGGUGGCCGGGAAUUCUUAGCAGAGGUUGAGAUGCUUAGCCGUCUGCAUCACAGGAACUUGGUCAAGCUAAUUGGUAUAUGCACAGAAGACAAUAUUCGCUGCCUGGUCUAUGAACUCAUUCCAAAUGGCAGUGUGGAGUCCCAUUUACAUGGAGUGGACAAAGAAGUGGCUCCACUUGAUUGGGGUGCCCGUAUGAAGAUUGCUCUUGGUGCAGCUCGAGGUCUAGCCUAUCUGCAUGAAGACUCAAGCCCCCGUGUUAUUCAUCGGGAUUUCAAGUCCAGCAACAUCUUGUUGGAACAUGAUUUUACCCCUAAAGUGUCUGAUUUCGGAUUGGCGAGAACAGCUUUGGAUGAGGGCAACAAAUACAUCUCAACACGUGUUAUGGGCACUUUCGGUUAUGUAGCUCCAGAGUAUGCAAUGACGGGGCAUCUUCUUGUAAAGAGUGACGUUUACAGUUACGGUGUAGUGCUUUUGGAGCUCCUAACAGGAAGAAAACCAGUGGAUAUGUCACAGCCACAAGGUCAAGAAAAUCUUGUUGCUUGGGCUCGUCCACUCCUCACAAGCAAGGAGGGGCUAGAAAUGAUUAUUGAUCCUGCUCUAGGGCCUAGUGUCUCCUUUGAUAGUGUGGCCAAGGUAGCUGCAAUUGCUUCCAUGUGUGUGCAACCAGAAGUCUCGCAUCGUCCUUUUAUGGGUGAGGUUGUACAAGCAUUGAAGCUGGUAUGCAAUGAGUGUGAUGGGACAAAAGAAAUGGGAUCAGAAAGUUAUAGCCAAGAGAAUUUGUCCUUUGAUAUGGAUGCUAGAAUCAGUAUUGUCUCUGGUCAGCUUCCGGAGCCUUCACAAACCCUAUACCCCAUUUCAGACCAUGAUUCCAUCCUGGAAGCCCGAAUGGCACUAUCAGCUUCAGAUGUAUUCAAUACAUCAGUGGGAAUUGAGAGGCAGUCAUCAGGGUCUUUUCGGAGGCACUCAAGUUCGGGUCCCCUGAGGACAGGGAGGAGCAGGCAGUUUUGGCAGAGAUUAAGAGGAUCAUCUAGAGGCAGCAUGAGUGAGCAUGGACUUGCAUUCAGGUUAUGGACGGGAUCCCAUUGACUAAUUCAGGGACCCAUCCAGAAGAAUUACUUGUACCACCUUGAGGUUCAUAAUUUUGUAACAUGAUGCAGGUUAUGAUCCAUGCAGAUUCAUAUGAAAAUAACAUAAAAAGAAAGGUCCAAGAUGCAUGGCUGGAUCAUGAGUUGUAAAGCUAGUCCGCCAUAGCUAUUGCUGCUGCUCAAAACUAAGGUUUGCUUCAGUUGUGAUAGCAGAGUCAUGGCAUCCUCUCUUGCCCAUGACCCUGACAAAUGCAAUUUUUUGGCAAGCAAUGUGGUUCUCUUGAAAACCUCAAUUGAGUGUUACAUGGUUAUUGAUC